GCUAGUUAUUAUAAAAAAUAAUCUAAGCAACUUUGUAAUGUUUAUGUUUCUUGAAAGAACCUACAUCAUCCAUAUAUGAUGACAAAUUCUCUUUUUUCUUUACUAGGGAAGAAAUUUCAUGUAUGAUAAAAAAAACUACAUGGCUUCUCUAAUUCAUCACCAUCUUUCACUUUUUCUUCUUUUUCUAGCAUUUUCAUUAACAAGUGUUUUUUCCAUUGAAUUUUCAAUAAAAAAAUCUUACAUGGAACCUUUUAAAUGUUCCACAAAGAUCAAAACAUGCAAUGCAUCACUCUAUCACAUAAACUACGAUCACAACAUAGAACAAAUAGCAAAUUUUUAUUCUGUUGAUUCUUCCCAAAUCAAACCGAUUAUUCGUAGCACGAAACAAGAUUACCUUAUAAAAGUACCUUGUUCUUGCAAAAAAACCAAUGAGCUUAGUGGUUAUUUCUAUGAUACAAUCUAUACCGCGAGGCGUAAUGAAAGUUUUGUCGAUGUUAAGAAUCUUGUUUAUAGCGGUCAAACUUGGCAAGACGGCGAAGAUUUAGUUGCAAAUGAGAAUGUAACAAUACAUAUUCCUUGUGGAUGUUCUGAAUUUGAGUCAGAAAUUGUUGUUACAUAUACUGUUCAGCAGAAUGAUACACCAACAUCAAUUUCUCUUUUGCUUAAUGCUACUGUUGAUGGCAUUGUUAGAAUGAACCAAAUUUUGGUUCCUAACCCUUCAUUUAUAGAUAUUGGUUGGGUGUUAUAUGUUCCUGAUGAGGAAUUAAAACGGUCCUCACAUUCCAAUCGAAAAGAAAAGAAACACAAGUGGGUGAUAAUUAUUGGUAUCCUAUUGAGUGUGACAUUACUUUCAGUUAUUACUGUGAUUGUUCUCAUUCUUAGGAGAAAUAAAGCUUAUCCAACCAGCAAAACUGAUCCAAGAACUUUCUCUAAAAGAUCAUUAGCCAAUAGAACUAUUUCCUUAAGAAAUCACGAAUUUCAUAAAGAAUAUAUGGAAGAUGCAACACAAUUUGAGUCAGAAAGACCAGUGAUUUAUGAUUUUGAGGAGAUUGAAGUUGCUACAAAUAAUUUUGAUGAAACUAGAAGAAUUGGAGUUGGUGGAUAUGGUACUGUCUAUUUUGGAAUGUUAGAAGAUAAAGAGGUUGCUGUGAAGAAAAUGAAAUCUACCAAAUCUAAAGAGUUCUAUGCAGAACUCAAAGCCUUAUGCAAGAUCCAUCACAUUAACAUUGUGGAGUUGUUAGGAUAUGCAAGUGGAGAUGAUCACCUUUAUUUGGUUUAUGAGUAUGUUCCUAAUGGAUCUCUAAGUGAACACCUUCAUGAUCCACUAUUGAAAGGUCACCAACCUCUUUCUUGGUGUGCUAGAGCUCAAAUUGCACUUGAUUCAGCAAAAGGUAUCGAAUACAUACAUGAUUACACGAAAUCACGAUACGUGCACCGUGAUAUAAAGACUAGCAAUAUUCUUCUUGAUGAGAAGUUGAGAGCAAAGGUAGCCGAUUUUGGACUUGCAAAGUUAGUAGAAAGAACUAAUGAUGAAGAAUUCUUAGCUACAAGACUUGUCGGAACACCAGGCUACCUUCCACCAGAGUCUGUGAAGGAGCUUCAAGUGACAAUAAAAACUGAUGUAUUUGCAUUUGGAGUGGUUCUGUCUGAGUUGAUAACAGGGAAACGUGCUUUAUUUCGUGACAACAAAGAAGCCAAUAAUAUGAAAUCACUUAUUGCAAUUGUUAACAAAAUAUUUGAAGAUGUUGAUCCAGUGACUGCUUUAGAAGCUGUUGUAGAUGGAAAUCUUCAACGUAAUUAUCCUAUUGAAGAUGUCUACAAGAUGGCAGAAGUAUCGCAUUGGUGCAUGAGUGAAAAUCCAGUGGACAGGCCAGAAAUGAAAGAAACAGUUAUAGUAUUGUCAAAGAUUGUAAUGUCUUCAAUAGAAUGGGAAGCUUCACUUGGUGGGGACAGCCAAGUUUUCAGCGGUGUAUUUGAUGGAAGAUGAUCAUCAACAUUCAAAGACUAUAUGUUAAUAACAAAAAUAUAUAUAUGUAUAUGCAUCCUUGUC